GUCUCUGCAUUCAUAUAGGCUGCCAUUUAAAGAAACGAGGAAGUUAUUUGACGCCCUUUUUAUUGUGUUCUAGUAAUCACGUCUGAUAACUUGUCAUGUCGUAACCGUAAGAAGCUGAUAGCCACCUGUGGUAUGACACACCUAGGCUACACCGUGCUCUCUUGGAAACAGAGUCAGCGGGUAGCUUUCUACAGAUAACGCGUGUUUGAGAAUGAGAUGAGGCUCAAGUUUUUCAAACUUAUAUGUCUUCUAGCUUUAGGAAGUUUUCUGUCCCUCACCUGGUUUACAGCGGUUCGUGAAAAAAAGGAUGCUGUCAACCCUAGGAUGCUGGUUCUGUUUGAGCGUCUGCUGGUGGCCGAGUCCAAGGGCCAGCUGUUGUCUGUAGAACUGAGCCGAGUUCUGGGCCAUUUCAAGAACCUCAACAAGACUCAAAACAUCACAGAGAAGGAGAAAUGGAGCGCCCUUUCACCCCUGCUGCCCAACCCUUACCUCUACCUGCCCCAUCUCAGGGACCAUCCAGACAGCCUCACCCCCAAUGUGUUGCUGGGUCAGGGCCGCAUGAGAGUGUCACUGGUGCUGGGCAUCCCUACAGUAAAGAGGGCGAAGCAGACCUACCUCGUUAGCACCCUCAACUCUCUCCUCUACGACCUUACGCCAUCUGAAAGGAAUGACAUGUUGAUCAUUGUCUUUGUCGCUGAGACGGAUAUAGAGUAUGUGAGAAGUGUUGCAGCAACUAUAGAGAAGAAUUUUCCCAAGGAUGUGCAGUCAGGACUCUUGGAGGUGGUGUCCCCUUCUCAGUACUUCUACCCCAACUUUAGCAGCCUCAGAGAAACCUUUGGAGACACCAAGGACAGGGUCAAAUGGAGAACAAAGCAGAACUUGGACUACAGCUACCUAAUGCUCUAUGCCCAGGAUAAGGGGACCUAUUACGUACAGUUAGAGGAUGACAUCGUGGCCAAGCCCAAAUACUCUCUGACCAUGAAGGAUUGUGCCAGUCAGCGGGCCAAUCAAGACUGGCUCUUUCUAGAGUUCUCUCAGCUGGGCUUCAUUGGUAAGAUGUUUCGAACCAGCGAACUACCAAUGAUAGCAGAGUUCUUUCUGAUGUUCCACAAAGACAAGCCCAUUGACUGGCUGUUAGACCACAUACUGUGGGUGAAGGCAUGUAACCCUGAGAAGGAUGCGAAGGACUGUAACCAGCAGAAGGCUGUGCUCAAGCAUAGAUUUACGCCGUCUCUCUUCCAACAUGUUGGCCUGCACUCCUCUCUGCCCGGGAAACUACAACAUCUCAAGGAUAAGGACUUUGGGAAGCAGCCCCAGUAUGUGGGCCACAGCAACCCUCCAGCAGAGCUGAGCAGCAGUCUGAAGCACUACCAGCAGCACAGUCUGGAGAGGGCCUACAGGGGGCAGGACUUCUUCUGGGGGCUCUCCCCCACCACUGGGGACUACAUCCUCAUCCACUUUACCCAGCCCCUCAAAGUCAGAGGGUACCGAUUCCGCAGUGGAAACCUGGAGACCAAUGGGGAUAGGUUUUACAACACCACUGUGGAAGCCCUUCCUAGUGACGGUUUAAAGAGAGACAUGUCUCAUGGAUACCAAAUAUUGGAGGAUGGCUUCAUAGUGAUUGGUUCCUUUGCAGAUGGGGUGGCGGAAGGAAACAUUCACACGGCCAUUCAGUCACUCUCUGCAAUACGCCUCAUGGUGCACUCUGACUCUGAUGUUUGGGUCCUGUUGAGCGAGAUAUGUAUUAAAGUUUGAUGAGGAGAGAAGAGAGGAGAAACGGGAGCCUUCCACUUGCCUUCCCUGUGCUCAACUGGCUGAAAACUACCAUCUGGUGGACAAAGUCAUGUAUGCAGUUUCCUGAACUUGGAUCGUCUUAUCCAGUGCACCUUUGGCUCAGCCUCCCUAAAGACUUUUAACAUGGUAAAGGGAUGAAGAAUAUGUAUCAUUGGCCAAAGCACUGUAGAGCUGUCAUAUUAAUACUUGAACAUGAUCCAGGAGAUGUUAAGAGUAAUUUAGGAGUAUAUUUUUUACAUUUCAGUGAAGAUGUCCCACCUUAUACCAUUAUUGAAUGUGAUGUAAAUAAAAUAUACAAGUGACACUCCCUUUACAAAAACUGA